AUGCCUCUACUUGAUACACCAACUCUCAAUGUAAUACAACUUGGUUUUGGUUUUUUCUCAACUUUUUUUGCUUUCAAUUCCCAAGGAUUCAUUGAGGAAGCAGUCAUUGAUAGUGCAGCAGACAGUGGCAAUAUUAACAAACAUGCGGGCUACUACAGUUUGGCAAUUAUUUACGCAGUUUUCACGGUGGCUAAUUUUGCUGCGGCUCCAAUAGUGGACAUUCUAACACCAAAAUGGGCGAUGGUGCUGGGAUCGUUAUGCUAUGCAAUUUUCCAGGCAGGUUUUCUAUUUCUGAAUGAGUGGUAUCUGUACGGAAGCAGUGCACUUUUGGGUCUUGGAGCUUCUAUUAUUUGGACUGGACAAGGUUCAUAUUUAUCCCAAAACUGCACAAAAGAAACCACUAGCCGCAACAGCUCAAUGUUAUGGGCAAUGUCAGAGAGCUCCUUAUUGCUUGGUGGUGUCUUCCUGUUUAUUGUGUUCAGUGUGCAAGGUGCUCAGGAUCAAAUUCCAAACUCUACAAUCAACAUUCUCUACUCCGUUUUCACUGUUCUUUCUCUCAUUUCUACCGUAAUUUUUGCAUUACUUCGUGCUCCCCACUACCCGGAAACCGUAGAUCGGAAAAACUAUGGAAAGUUGGUAGCAUCGACAUUCAAGUUGAUGUUCACAAAGAAAAUGAUUAUACUUGCUUUCGUUUUCGCUUACACCGGAAUUGAGCAAUCUUUUUGGACAGCUAUCUACCCAACAUGCAUCUCUUUCACAAAACAACUCGGAAGCAACACAAAUGCUCUUCUUGCUCUGAAUGCCAUUUGCACUGGAUUUGGUCAAAUUGCUGCUGGUGUUUUGUCGGGAUUACUCGGAGACAAAGUCAGAAAAAUUGGACGCGACUCAAUUGUUCUCAUUGGUACAAUUGUUCAUCUUGUGGUUUAUGCGCUAUGCUACAUUAACUUUCCACAAGAUUCCUCUCUUAAGAAAACUGACGAUAUGGGUGGACUCAUCCAACCAAAUUUAGCAAUUGCUUUAAUUGCUGGAGGUCUCUUAGGAUUUGGCGAUGCAAUUUGGAACACUCAAAUUUAUUCGUUCCUUUGUGAUACCUUCUCUAAACAAAGCGCCCAAGCUUUUUCGCUUUUCAAAUUGUAUCAGUCUGCUCUAUCCUGCGCCGCAUUUUUCUACGCCCCCGUCCUUCAGCUCUACUGGCAUUUGGUUAUUCUCGUCGUCACGUCGUUGUUUGCAGCAUGUUGUUUCUUCUAUGUGGAGAGAAUUUCAAGAGAAACGAGCUCUGUCAGAGAUUCAUACAGCUUCACAGAUGACAAAAUAACUAAGCAACGGGGAGAUGUUCAGUACAGAAUAAAUGAAAAUGAGCAGCAGAAUAAUGUGACAAUGAUGUAUAGAAAAUCAACUGAUCCGGAUGAAGAUGUGAAGUUUUAA